AUGGGAGGCAUUGAGCUGUUAUUGUCGAGUACAUUAAAUGUUGUGUUGAAUAUUGAAAUUUAUGGGUAUGGAUUUUUAAAUAUGAAAGAAGACAACGUUAUUAUGAGUGAGGGAAAUGUUUUAUUUAACGGAUUUUCUAAGUGUGUUUUAGAUGGUAUGUCCAUGUUUACUCUUAAAGGAUCUGUUGAAUUUGGUGAAAGUUCUACGUUAUCUCUAAAGGGGUAUUCAUCAAUUAGUUCAGAAACACCUUUUGGUAUAUACGGAAAUGCAGUGACCGAAGCGCAAGACGAUUCAAUUAUAAUGACCACAAGUACCAUUUCUUUUUAUGGAACAUCAAAGUUACUUCUUCAUAACGCUACAAUGUUGGCUUCUUCAUCCACUUUGAGUUUUUAUGGAAAUUCCAUUGGAAUUUUCGACGGAAGUGCUGGGUUAACGUCUGAAACGAUUGCGUAUGUAUAUGGAGAUGCAAAUAUUACAUUUAAAGGCACUAGUCGGAUAAUUCCAACAAACUCCCUUUCUUGUGGUGAUCGAGGAUGUUUUUGCAUUGGCAUCGUGUACAAUUACUUUGAGAAACAAUUCAAUUGCUGGAGCUACAAACUCUAUGUAUAUCAAUGCAAGUGCAGUUAUUUUAAUGGAAGGAAAUUCAUCUGUAAAUAG